CGUAGUCAUUGGCACGUACAAGGCUGGCAUGUUUGGCGCUUCGAAGUCGGGCAAGAGAGCGAAAGGAGGACUGCAUGACAAAAGGCAAUGUGAGAAACUUGAACACUCGUAUCAGGUGAAUUUGCGUAUACUUCAAACGUUUGUCUACAUUGUGCUAGCGCCACUUUUCAUCCAACUCUCUUGCAUUGGCGCCAACGCACUGGCAAGCAAUUAACGAAGAAGGGCGAGCGUGAGGCCACUGAGGUAGGGCUGCACAGCACCGUCGGAGCUGUACGAGUAACGACGGUCGUUCGCCUGAUCCCCUCCCCAGGGGUACCACUUAAUAUGGCGCCAGAGAAUCCUGCUGCCCACCUGCAAACCAAGGAGGAUGCUGAUGUCAGCACCGUGCAAGGUAUCAGGGAAGCCCCGGCAGGGGGCGCUCAGGGCAAAAAGAUGGAGCCCUGGGAAAUGGAGGCGGGUAUGGACGGGCCCAGGAAGAAGGGGAACCCCAUCCGGGUUAUGCCGUUCAUCCUGGCCAACGAGUUCUGUGAGCGCCUGGCCUACUACGGAAUCUCCACCAACCUGGUGAACUACUUGAUCGUCGUCCUUCACAAGGGCAACGGGUCCGCCGCCACCGCCGUCACCAACUGGUCCGGCACCUGCUACAUUACCCCCCUGAUUGGUGCUUUCCUCGCUGAUGCGUACUGGGGGCGUUUCCUGACCAUCCUCGUCUUCUCUGUAAUCUACUUUGUGGGCAUGGUGCUGCUGACGGUGGACGCUGCGGUGCCGUCCCUGCACCCCUCCGCGGACAGCAGCGGCGCCACCGCGGCCCAGACGGGGCUCUUCUUCCUGGCGCUCUAUAUCAUCGCACUCGGCACGGGCGGCAUCAAGCCGUGCGUGUCGUCUUUCGGUGCGGACCAGUUCGACGAGCGCAACCCGCGGGAGAAGAAGCAAAAGAGCGCGUUCUUCAACUGGUUCUACUUCAGCAUCAACGUCGGCGCGCUCAUCUCGUCGUCCAUCCUGGUCUGGGUGCAGGAGAGGAUCUCCUGGGCCUGGGGCUUCGGCAUCCCAGCCGCUGCGAUGGGCGUGGCCAUCGUCUCGUUCUUCGUGGCCACCCCCUGGUACCGCAAGCUGCCACCUGGCGGCAGCCCGCUCACCCGCGUGGCGCAGGUGCUGACUGCCACGGCGGCCAACUGGCGCCUCAAGACGCCGGCGGACCCGGACGAGCUGUACGAGGUGGAGGGGCCGGCGUCCGCAAUCCGAGGCAGCAGGAAGAUCAAACACACAAACGAGCUCACCUUUCUGGACAAGGCGGCCAUCGUUCCCGCGGGCGCGGCCGCCCCCGGCGCGCGCAGCCCGUGGAAGGUGUCCGCGGUGGAGGAGGUGAAGCUGGUCGUCCGGCUGCUGCCCAUCUGGGGCACCACCAUCGCGUUCAGCACCGUGUACGCGCAGAUGAGCACGCUCUUCGUCGUGCAGGGCGGCACCAUGGACACCAGCAUGGGGCCGCACUUCAACAUCCCCGCAGCCUCGCUGUCCAUCUUCGACACGCUGUCCGUCAUCGUGUGCGUGCCUCUCUACGACGCUCUCUUCGUCCCGAUCAUGCGGCGCUUCACGGGCAACCCGCGCGGCGUGACGAUGACGUGGCGGAUGGGCAUUGGGCUGUUCAUCAGCUGCCUGUCGAUGGCAGCCGCCGCGAUCCUGGAGGCGGUGCGGCUGCACGUGGUGCACAGCCGGAACCUGACGGACGUGGACCCGUCCGUGCAGCCGGUGCCGAUCUCCAUCUUCUGGCAGAUCCCGCAGUACUUCCUCGUGGGAGCCGCCGAGGUCUUCACCUUCAUCGGCCAGCUCGAGUUUUUCUACGACCAGGCCCCCGACGCGAUGCGCUCGCUGGCGUCCGCGCUGUCGCUGACCACGAUCGCGCUGGGUAACUACCUCUCGUCGCUGCUGGUCACCAUCAUCACGUCCGCCACGCGGCGCGGGGGAUCCCCCGGCUGGAUCCCGGACAACCUGAACCGGGGCCGCAUCGACCUGUUCUUCACCGUGCUGCUCGCGCUGUCCGCCGUCAACCUGGGGCUGUACGUCCUGGCCGCGCACGCGUACAAGUACAAGCAGGUGCAGGAGAUCUACCCCCCUGGAACGGAGGGAGACGACCGCGAAGUGGCGGAGUUGGACAAGGAUGCCGCGCGGCUGGCGGCAGGGUUCAGGGCGCCCCUCCCCCCGCACACGGCGUUCGGGGAGGCGAGUGGAAACGAGGGGAAGUAAUGAGCGCACGCUUUUUGGCUGCAUUUUGUAGCCGGGGUCUGCCUGCAGAAAGGUCGUCAAAGAACGCUGAGUUGCAAUUUGGGUUCCACUGGUCGAAAUCAUCGUGAUAGGUGACGAGAGUGCAAGCGUAAACCGGUUCCUGAUUUGGCACUGCGUAGCAGGUGGUCCUGUUUGGGCCUUGUCAUAGGUUGUACGAGUAAAGGCACGCUGAGUUGUCAAAGCACGCUCAAGUGGCAAUAUAAGGCACCAUAAUCAACACGGGCAUCGUACGACGGUUGGAAGCGUAGCUACAGUAAUGCAUAUAUUGCGUUUUAUGCGGCGCGCAUUCAAGCAAUAGUCAAAACAGGUAUUAAGUCCGGCAGCUAUAGUCGAUCGAUUCAAGUGCAGUACGUGGCCUUGUAAAAGCAAGCAGUAGCGCCACAGGUUUUGCUUGUGUAGGACUUAGCUAGGGAAGAGAAAACACCCGUGUCAAGAUAUCACGAGUAGAAACAACCUAUAUCAGUCAAACAGCAUGCAGUUAGAUAGAAUAGCACAUGCGAAGGGCAUAUGCAGGAAGUAUUCGUGUAUCACCUGUGACUAUACAUAGGUCUGAAUGUAUCAGGAAGUUGUUUCUCAUAUUGUAGCCGAUUAUUCGUUUUGAUAUAUGCGUAUGAGGUGUAAUCACCCGAGGAAGGAUCGUGACCCUAGCUGUGGUCAUAUUAGUAGAGCAACGCUGCGGCCGAAAUCAGUGCAAGCCAUAGUGGUAUGCAUACGUGUUCAAUCGCGAGUCCUCCGG